AUGUCCAGCAGAAGUGAAAGCAAGAUCAGAGAAGGUUUACAAUAUCUAGCAGCUGCAGAGAAAUGUAUAAAGACUUCUCUAUUCAAAUGGAGUGCUGAUUGGGAAGGAGCCGCAUCUGACUACUCAAAAGCAGCAAAGUCAUAUGAACAGGCAGCACUCAUGCUAAAGGAGUUAAAUUGUAUUGAUGAGGCCGUAGAUCUUCUAAAACAAGCCAGUUCUAUGCUAUCGGAGCACGGAUCACCAGCUUCAGCUGCUCAGGCACUAAAUAGAGCUGCAAAAAUCUGUGAGGCUACAAAAGCAGAAACUGCUAUCGAUCUAUAUUUAAGAGCCUGUGAAUUGCAUAAGAUUGAAGAAAAAUCAAAUGAGGCAGUGGAAUGUGUUGGCAAAGCUGCAAGAUUACAGUUAAAACUAAAAAAGUACACAAACGUUUUGGGUACCAUGCAGCAACAGUGCGAAUUAUAUCAAAGCAUGGAAAAAUUUCCCUCCGUAUUUAGGGCUAUUAUCGCUAUGGUUAUUGUUUAUUUAAAACUUGGAGACAAAGUUGCGGCUGAUAACUGUUUUAGAAGUGCCACUGAGUACCCCGGAUUUGAUACUUCUGAAGAAGGUGCAUUAAUAGAAAAUUUACUGGAUUCCAUCACUGAGGGAGAUAGCGAAACAUUUCAGAAAUGCAUUCGAAAUCCUAUAAUAUUACAUAAUGACAACGAGAUUGCAAAACUGGCAAGAGAUUUACGCCCUCCAACAGUAGUCUUACCAGAUUCUAAUGCAUCAAGUACUGGCAAUGCGUUAGAACCUGAUGACAACAACGAUGACGACGUAGGUGAUGCAUUGAAUUAG